UCAGACCUAGCCCAGCCCCCCACACGCCAAACCGGCCUGCCUCGGCUCAACAGGGGAGGUAAGCGCGGCUGUUGCUGAAGCUCCUGCUCACGCCACUGGCAUUUUUCACCAAUGUCGACCUAAAGGAAGAGUCACCGGGCAUUAUAGUCGGCCUAUUUUGGAAUACUGCUUCUACCCACAGUUUGCCGGUGUUUGCUAUAGAUUUCAUUGUACCAGCGUUAGCUGCUUGGCACAAAGGCACAUACUAGCUGAUGUCGGCUAACUGCAACUAGCUCGCCCGUGAGGACAUCCUACCGUACUCGGGUUAAUCUCUGCUGACUCGCUGCGUGUGAUGUGCUAGCUGUUUUGUGUUCGCCGUUUACUUAUAACUCAAGUCAAGUGGUUCUGUUUGCAGUCGCCACUCAUGACUACGGCAGUUAAAGCAGCGUUUCUGCAUAGCUGGCUUGUUGGCUGCAUGUUUUCCAGCUAGCCGCAGCACAGCUUCGGUUCUGGGGAUGGUGGCGGUAGCAAAACAAGCUAACGCUCCUCCGUCUGUUUGAAGAAGUGAGCGCAAGAAGUGAGGGAACAUUGGAGCCAAGUGGGAGUUCUCGAUUUGGUGUAUGUUCAUUGUAAAUCUGGACUGGAUGACGCUACGACGGACCUGACAAUCAUUGAACACGACUCAGCUGAAACUGGGAAUAUCGCUAACAGAUUGGACGGAUUAUUUUUGUGUCUCUAAGUGGAUUUCGGCCUCCUGUUCGGGAUCGUCGUGGGAACAGAGUAACUGUUUUGACAUUGAGUGAACCCGCAAAAUAUCCUCUCCCCUGCGACCUUCCCCCCUGCUUCACCCUCCGAUGCGGAGAUUUCUGUAGCACCGGCAACCAAAUCCCCCACGGCGGCCGGACAUGCUGAAGUGUAUCCCCCUGUGGCGCUGCAACCGCCACGUCGAGUCGGUGGACAAGCGGCAUUGCAACUUGCAGACGGUUCCUGAUGAAAUAUUCCGCUACAGUCGCAGCCUGGAGGAGCUUCUCCUCGAUGCCAACCAACUCAAAGAGCUACCAAAGCCUUUUUUCAGACUACUGAACCUACGGAAGCUCGGCCUGAGUGACAAUGAGAUCCACAGACUCCCUCCUGAGGUGGCCAACUUCAUGCACCUGGUGGAAUUGGACAUCUCCAGAAACGACAUUCCUGAGAUCCCGGAGAGCAUUAAGUUUUGCAAGGCCUUGGAGAUCGCAGACUUCAGCGGAAACCCCCUCUCCAGAUUGCCGGAUGGUUUUACUCAACUCCGAGCGCUGGCUCACUUGGCACUCAACGACGUGUCGUUACAGACGUUACCCGGCGACAUCGGAAAUCUGGCCAACCUGGUGACGUUGGAGCUCAGGGAGAACCUGUUGAAGUCUCUGCCCACGUCGCUCUCCUUCCUGGUGAAACUGGAACAGCUGGACCUGGGCAGCAAUGAACUGGAAGUUUUGCCGGACACCCUCGGUGCUCUCCCCAACCUGAGGGAACUGUGGCUCGACCGCAACCAGUUGUCCUCAUUACCACCAGAGCUUGGAAAUCUCCGGAGAUUGGUGUGUCUGGAUGUGUCAGAGAAUCGUCUGGAGGAGCUUCCCUCAGAGCUGAACGGCCUCCUGGCUCUUACAGACCUGCUGCUCACACAGAACCUGCUGGAGGUCAUCCCAGACAGCAUAGGGUGCUUGAAACAGCUUUCCAUCCUGAAGGUGGACCAGAACAGGCUAACCCUCCUGACAGAUUCAGUAGGAGAGUGCGAAAACCUCACAGAACUCGUCCUGACAGAGAACCUUUUACAGUCACUUCCACGCUCGCUGGGCAAGCUGAAGAAGCUGACGAACCUGAAUGUAGACCGCAACCGGCUGGGUAGCGUGCCCAAAGAGCUGGGCGGCUGUGCCAGCCUCAACGUUCUCUCACUGAGAGACAACCGCCUGGGCAAACUGCCUGCUGAGCUUGCAGAUGCCACCGAGCUGCAUGUGCUGGACGUGGCUGGAAACAGAUUACAAAACUUGCCUUUUGCCCUGACCAACCUCAAUCUGAAGGCCAUGUGGCUCGCAGAGAACCAGUCACAGCCAAUGCUCAAGUUCCAGACGGAGGAUGACGAGCGAACGGGAGAGAAAGUGUUGACGUGCUAUUUACUCCCCCAGCAGCCUUCCCCGAGCCUAGAGAACCUGCUGCAGAACAGCGUAGACGACAGCUGGACAGACAGCAACCUGAACAGAGUGUCGGUCAUUCAGUUCCAGGAAGAGACCAAGGCCGAGGAGGAGGAUGACGAGGCCGCUGCAGAGCGACGAGGCCUGCAGCGCAGAGCCACACCACACCCCAGUGAGCUGAAGGUGAUGAAGAAGGUGAUCGAGGAGAGGAGGAAUGAAGCCUACACAUCCAGACCUGAUGGGGAAGAUGAGUCCCUUGACCCACAGGAGAAGCGGCUCAGUGACCUCUCCAAUCAGAGCCACGACUCCCAGGUGUCCAACAGCACGCUGUCGGCCACCUCCCAUGAGGACAGACAAAAUGUGACGGUGGUCUCGCAGAAGGAGGACCUCGUGGACGGCCAUUCCCCUCACGAGGAGGAAGACCUGGAUGAGAUGGAGGUGGAGUACAUUGAGCCCACCGUGCACUUCGCGGAAGAACCCAUCAUCCGCGGCGGCGACGAGGACGGCGAAGAGGACGGCGAGGAUGGCGAGAGGACCGACGAGGAGGAUGAGAGGCCGGCCUUCCCCGCGGAGAAACAGCGUCUGAUCAGGAAGGACACGCCGCACUACAAGAAGCACUUCAAAAUCACCAAGCUGCCCAAGCCCGAGGCCGUGGCCGCUCUGCUGCAGGGCUUCAGCCCCGACGGCCUCAACUCUCAGGCCGCCGAAGACGAGCAGGACGACGAGGAAGAGCAAAGCGUGGGAACCCCUCAGCACCACCACAGGAUAGAGGAGAUGGAGGACGGCCGGCAUCAGGUCAACUCCAGUCAAGUGAAGGGGGUGUCAUUUGAUCAAGUCAAUAAUCUGCUGAUUGAACCUGCUCGAAUUGAGGAGGAAGAGCACACUCUGACCAUCAUGCGACAAACAGGCGGCCUGGGAAUCAGCAUCGCUGGUGGGAAAGGAUCUACGCCUUACAAAGGAGAUGACGAGGGAAUCUUCAUCUCCAGAGUAUCUGAAGAGGGUCCUGCAGCCAGAGCCGGAAUAAAAGUUGGUGACAAACUCCUCGAGGUAAACGGAGUAGACCUCCACGAAGCAGAACAUCACACGGCGGUGGAAGCUCUCCGUAGCUCCGGUGCUACCGUUUCCAUGACGGUGCUGCGGGAGCGAAUGGUGGAGCCGGAGAACGCCAUCACCACCACGCCGCUGAGGCCCGAGGACGACUACUUCCCCCGGGAGAGACGGAGCAGCGGCAUCACCUUCAACAUGGAGAGCAGUCCAAGCGGGCCUCGGCAGCGGUUCUCCACCUGCCUGAUCCGCAACGACAAGGGGUUGGGCUUCAGCAUCGCAGGGGGAAAAGGCUCCACACCAUACCGCACAGGAGACAUGGGCAUCUACAUCUCUCGGAUCGCAGAAGGUGGAGCGGCCCACAGAGACAGCACGCUGAGAGUAGGAGACAGGGUGAUCUCUAUCAAUGGUGUAGACAUGACAGAGGCCAGGCAUGACCAGGCAGUAGCGCUCCUUACCGGCACCUCCCCCACCAUCACCCUCCUGGUGGAGCGAGACCCGAAUGCACCAGGGGGCUCUCCAGGUCAGUCUCGAGCACGAGCCCACUCCCCUCCGCCUCCAGAACCCUCAGAGUCUCCGGACCAGGAGGAGGACGGACUUUCCCUUCACGGGAACCACCUGAGCCGGAUGGAGGACGAGUAUCCCAUCGAGGAGGUGACCCUGGUGAAGUCCGGCGGCCCUCUCGGCCUGAGCAUCGUUGGAGGCAGCGACCACGCCAGUCACCCCUUCGGCAUCAACGAACCUGGGGUGUUCAUAUCAAAGGUGAUUCCUCACGGUCUGGCGUGUCAAAGUGGACUUCGCGUCGGGGAUCGUAUACUGGAGGUGAACUCCAUCGACCUGCGUCACGCUACGCACCAGGAGGCUGUGCGGGCCCUUCUGGCCAACAAGCAGGAGAUCAAUAUGUUGGUUCGGAGGGACCCUUCACCUCCUGGGAUGCAGGAAAUCAUGAUCCAGAAGCAGCCAGGAGAGAAGCUGGGCAUCAGUAUCCGUGGAGGGGCCAAGGGUCACGCUGGAAACCCCUUCGACCCCACGGAUGAGGGCAUCUUCAUCUCAAAGGUGAGUUCGACGGGUGCAGCAGCAAGAGACGGACGGCUGCAGGUCGGCAUGCGUAUCCUGGAGGUGAACAACCACAGUCUGCUGGGGAUGACGCACACCGAGGCGGUGCGAGUGCUCCGAGCUGUCGGCGACUCUCUGGUCAUGCUGGUGUGUGACGGCUUCGACCCACGAAAGGUGGCUGCUGUGGAGGCGUCUCCUGGCAUCAUUGCCAACCCGUUUGCAACUGGAAUUGUACGGAAGAACAGCAUGGAGAGCAUCUCUUCUAUAGACCGAGAUCUGAGCCCAGAGGAGAUGGACAUACUACAGAAGGAGUCUGAGAUGGUGAGAGAGACGUCGCAGUGGGAGCGAGAAGAGAUGGAGAAAGUGGAGCGAAUGCGCUUGGAGCGUGAGGAGGCAACUCGCCUGCUAGAAGAGGAGACUGAGAACAUUGGCACUGGACCUCUAAAACUUGACUACAAAACCCUGGCUGCCCUGCCCACCACCAGCCUACAGAAGGUCAACAGGUUCUCUACCUCUGUUACUCUGACUGCUCCCAUGGAGGCCCCCCUGCAGGCCCAGUUCGGAGCCCCUUUAGAGCCCCUUGGCUUCGGGUUGCCCACAAAGCCCAUCGGCCACAUGGACCCAGAGUCCGGUCUGAACACAGACCACGAUUACCUCCUCGGAGCCAAGUUUUCCUCUAAUGGAACCUCAACCGCCGAGAGUUCAGCCGCUAGCUCGACAUCAACAUUUAUCCCUGAAGGAGAAGAAGAGGAGGAGGAGUGUCUGGUGGACUCUCAGCCUAUCUGCUUCAAAGAAAACCCUUUCUUGGUGGCCAAUCGUAAAGGAAAAGGUCGUCCUCCUGGAGAGCAGAUCCUGUCGGGGCCUCCGGUGGGCUACGGCAGACAAGGCCAGCUGCAGCCCUGGUUGUUCAGCAAGGCUCCUUCCUCUGACUUCACCAGGACGGACAGUCCCAUCAGGGAAGCACCUUAUUCUCCAACUAUCCAACCGGCCAACAUUCAUUACACAUCCACUCCAACUGCCAAGGACAACAUCUCCUCAUCAACGCGACCAGGUGCCAUCCAGCCAGUGGGUCGUGUGCGGCCGAGCGCCUCCCCCGCCACGCCAGACGGCCACAGCCCCAACCCCUUUCAGCAUGGCCCCUCCCCCUUCAACUCCCAGACCUCUCCUCGCGCCCCCUCCCCCACCUCGCCCGACGAGUUCCCCAUGAAUGUCAAGCAGGCAUACAAGGCGUUUGCCGCCGUGCCUCGCUCGCUCGCAGUGCUGGAGCUGCCGCAGGACCCGUACGGUUUGAGGAACAGUGUCCACCCAGUACAACCUUCUCCAGAGCCUGAGUUGAACAACGAGGUGUUUGAUGAUGUCACAGACGGUCAGGAGGGAGUCGGUGAGGGUCUGACCGGCAAGGUCUCCCCCCGGCCCUCCCUCUCAUCUGACCGUCGGGAGUAUUUAAACCUGGCAGCAGUGCCUCGCUUCUCCAGGCCUUCCAUGGAACUGCAGAGUCCCUCUCCUGGUGGAAAGGACAGCCCAGAGCAGCGCUCUUUCAGGGACAGGCAGAAGUACUUUGAGAUUGAUGUCAAGCAGCAGACACCAGACAAACCCAAACCUCGAGUCUCCCUCGUUGGAGAGGACGACCUCAAGAAAAUGAGGGAGGAAGAAGCGAAAAAGUUUGAGCAGCGGGCACGGGAGUACCUGCUGGAUGAGGAUGAGGAGGAUGAGGAUGAGGACCUGGCCAAGCAGGUGGCUCAGAUGAAGGCCACCGGCAAGGUGCUGCUGGAUGGAGUGGAGUACAAGGUGGAGCCAGCGUCUGCCCCGUCCCGGCACUGCUCCACACCACCAAACUACAACGCAACACCACCCAGCUACUGUGGCAGUUCAGGGCCCUCCUCAGUUGAUGGUAAAGGAGACUCUCAGAGGAAUUCCCUGGAGGACAGCUUCAGGAUGGAGAUGAGGCCCAACUCCAUGACUGGUCUGAUCCCAGUUUACCCCGGAGAGUCGGCGGCUCCCAUCCGCACAGCCAAAGCAGAGCGCAGACAUCAGGAGAGGCUUCGUAUGCAGAGCCCCGAGCUGGCUGUGUCCCCCGACAAGGACCUGUCCCCAGCAGAGAAACGAGCUCUGGAGGCCGAGAAGAGAGCCAUGUGGAGGGCAGCACGGCCCUAUGGCCUAGAGGAGGAUGUUAGGCAGUAUGAGCAGGACCUGGCUAAGAGGCUCUACCAGGCCCGAGUGAGGGCAUCUCAGGGCGCGGCCCCCCCGCCCCCCACUUCCUCCUCUACCUCCUCCUCUGCAGCCUCCCAGCUCAGAAUGAAGUCUCUGGAGCAGGACGCACUGAAAGCUCAGAUGGUCAUCGCCAAAUCCCGGGAUGGGAAAAAACGUGGGACACUAGACCAGCUGACGGAGUCGCCCUCGCCUGCCCCAACGCCCUCUCCCACUCCCAUGGAAGAGCUCAGUCCUCGAGGAGUAACGUCACCAGGCAGGCUGUCCCAGUCAUCAAAGAAGUUUGACUACCGACAGUUUGCCGCCAUUCCUUCUUCCAAACCAGUAUACGACAUCCAGUCCCCUGACACAGCUGAUGACAUACAGUACAUUGAUGAUGGCUCCAGCAACCCAGGGCAAACUGCGAGUGCUGAGGUCGAGGUUCCCGCCCCGCUGCCUGCCACCUCUGCCCUGGAGGAGAUGGCCCUGUACAGCAACAAACGCAAACUGAGGCAGGGCCGUCGCAGCCUGGAAACCGCCGUGCCCACGUAACACCAAAAUAUACACACAUUUACAUUCAACCGUGGAACAGCGGUAGACAUAUCGGUGCGUCCACAGGAGGUGCAGAUCCACCCAACACUACACACAGUGUCAGUAGAGCGAGAUUUACUCUCCCAUAUAUAACCACUGCAGAGACUAUGAUGCUAAUAGUCGCCACAUAGACACUCACUUAUAUCCUGCGUGCCAGUCUUGCCUUUACAGUCUGUGGGUGAGUUGGCAAGUUGUCCCUCAUGGGGGCAAGAACGAACUGGUGUGGUUAGCUAGGAUCGCUACUUACAGACCAUUCUUCUUUUGUUUUUUGUUUGUUCAACAUUCAGUUUGCCUACUAGAAUCUCAUCUAUUUUAACUUGAGGUGAUCGAAGUUUUUAGUUUGUUUUUUUAAAAUUUCUGCGCCUUCAGUGAUUUUGCUGUUUAGAAAAAAAACCAUACUGGAAGAGAAAAGACAUGGGUCAUAGCUAUACUAACUUCUUGAAUGAUACUUGUAGGCUUUCAGUGAUUAGACUGUAAAAAUGUCUUCUGUUUGUUGAGACUUGGGCGGACAGGUGUGUGUGUAAAUAAAAAUUGAAGAGGGAACAUCCUGCUACCUUCAUAGUCACACAUUGUGGAGAGCUUUGAAAAAAAUUAGUACAUAUCAUUUUUGCACUGCCACUGAUCAGCUUUUUAAGAACGUAUAUCUUAUCUAAUUUAUUGUUUUUACCGUUUUACUCAAAUUGAAGGCCUUUUUCUUUUAGAUUUCACCCAUUCAGUCCUUUGAGCUUCAAGAGGACGACUGAGGCGUGUCCUUUUAUCCUAAACACGAUUUUUUCAAUACAGUUAUGAGUCAAGCUUAUCAACUAAUUAUCUGCAUAUCACUUUAUUUUAUUUAAUCGACUUUAUAUACAGUUUUUUACUAGGGUUUUUGAAGCAAGCAUGUCUAUACAUUAGUUUGAACAAAGCCUAGUUGUUGCACAUUGGUUUCAUAACAGUAUAGGCUCAUAAAAUGCUCGUUUUUCUCGUCUCAGCAGACUUUAAAGGAGCCUCUGUGCACAUUUAUUAACUGUGUUACAUUCCCCUGUAGAGUAUGACUACACUGGAGGCAGCUGCAUCGAGCAGGCGGAGAAUAUUAACGUUUGGGAACAUGCAUUUUAGCAUCCUGUAUUGAAUAACGGUACUUACACCCUGCCCUGUUCAGACUAUACUUUUUUUUUUUUUAAUCAAUGUGAAUCAUUCAGUUCUAUCCUUGCAUUAUGAGGAGCUAAGCCACAGUGAUGUGAAGGUAGCAGGUGUUUUAUUUUUCUGUCUAUGGUUAAUUUAAAUCUGAUGCCACUGAAAAAUCAUUUAUUGUGUGAAUAAUGUACAAAUACCGAAAGGAAAAACACAUUUUUGGGUUUGAAACUGAGCCAGUCUUGACCCAGACAAAGCGAGUGUCUAGACUGCUGAUGCUUGUUGGUUUGGACAGGCUUGGUGCUGGGAUGCUCUCUGCAUGUAUAUUGGUUUGUUAAUGGGAGAGCCGCGAGAGGCAAAGCCAACUAGGAAUUCCUCUCAAGACAUAGAUCUCUUUCAGCUCACAGCUUGACACACUGUCAGUUUAUGUAUCUGACGGGUAUUUCUGCAGAAUCACAGCAUCGUAGCAUUUGUUUAAUUUAAUGUAGGGUCUUCUAAUUACAGCUUUCCAUGUUGCUCUCACUGACUGAAAUUCAGUUUAACAUUUGCAAUGGCUGAGAUCUUUGUUGUUUUUUUUUAAAACUUUCAGUAGGUAAAUCUUUUUUCAGUUGGGUUUCACUACAUUAUUGAUGCAGUGUUUCAAGUUUCUGUGUUUAUUCUUUUGUCUUGAGUUCUGUUUGGGGGCUUUUACUUGCAAAUAGGUUGGAGGGAAAGGGUCAGAAGUCCUAGGGUCGAGGGUUAUAGCUCAUACAAGACUGUAACUAGUGAAUUUGUACAACCAAAGAAGUCUAUUUUGUGGUUCAGGAAUAAUAAAUUUUACUUUUCAUUUAAGAAGCUGA